CUCAGUCCUGCUCUGCUGUACACGGUGCAGGGCAGAAGGAGAGCCAAUCACCGUAACGCACAGGCUCCCUUUAAGCCUGACAUAUCUCCAACAGGAACAAAUUGUCCCAACAAUCAACAUCCCAAUCUGCUGCGCGCAUCAGGGGCUGGAGUGGAGAGGAUAGCCUAUAGGCCUGUGCUGCGCGUCCGGAUUGCGCUGGAUUGCGUAGUGACGAGAAACUAUAAACACAGAAAACAAACGACAGCUAUCGUUUUGGAUAACGGCGUUUUUGGACGCAGGAGUGAGCCUGGACAUCAUGUCUAUAUUACCGUCAUUCGGGUUUACGCAGGAGCAAGUGGCGUGCGUUUGCGAGGUGUUGCAGCAGGGAGGAAACCUGGAGAGGCUCGGCCGCUUCCUGUGGUCUCUACCCGCGUGUGAUCACCUCCACAAGAACGAAAGUGUCCUCAAAGCCAAGGCAGUGGUGGCCUUUCAUCGGGGGAACUUCAGAGAGCUUUACAAGAUUCUGGAAAGCCACCAGUUUUCUCCGCACAACCACCCGAAGCUGCAGCAGCUCUGGCUGAAGGCGCACUACGUGGAGGCGGAGAAGCUGCGCGGUCGGCCGCUCGGGGCUGUAGGGAAGUACCGGGUGCGGAGGAAAUUCCCGCUGCCCCGCACAAUAUGGGACGGCGAGGAGACCAGCUACUGCUUUAAGGAGAAGUCCAGGGGCGUCCUGAGAGAGUGGUACACGCACAACCCCUAUCCGUCCCCGCGGGAAAAGAGAGAGCUGGCCGAGGCCACAGGACUGACCACCACGCAGGUCAGCAACUGGUUCAAAAACAGACGGCAGCGAGACAGAGCCGCAGAGGCGAAAGAGAGAGAGAACAGUGAAAACAGCAACGCAGGCGGCAACAAACAGAACCAGCUGUCCCCGCUGGACGGAGGAAAGUCUCUCAUGUCCAGCUCGGAGGACGAGUUUUCUCCACCACAGAGCCCCGACCAGAACUCAGCGCUUUUGCUUCAGGGCAACAUGAACCACCCCGGGGCCUCCGCUUACCCCAUGUCCGGCCUGGGGCCCCCUCAGCCGGUCCACAGCAUGCACGGACACCCGCACCAACUGCAGGACUCCUUGUUGGGACCUCUAACCUCCAGUCUUGUGGAUUUGGGCUCUUAAAGAGGCUGCCAGAUUGUUCUAUUUUACAACAACAAAAACCCCAAAAAGAAGACUGAUAAGUGUAUCAGAUUGAGAACAUUAAUUAAAUAACACUAUAGCCCACCUUAUAAUAUAGACUGACUUGUCUGUCGUUAAAUUUGGUUAGAACAAAAUUCCUUUAUGCGCUUAACCUGUAUAUCCCCACUGACAGGAGCUUUUCUCAUCUCCUGCACAUGAAAACACACAAACAGGACCUGCCUGAAACUCUUAACUCAACGAGACACUUAACUGGACUGCCCAUAUGCUUAAUUUAUGAUAUUUUGUUGAGAUAAAAGAAUUAUAGCAACCUCCUGCGAUGGAAACUAAGAGGUAACGUUUUCAUUAGAGUCAUGGUAAUAGUUUCCAAUAAAACAAAAGUAAUACAUUUGUCUCUGUGUUAUUUGUGUAUUUAGAGAAAAAAAAUUAGACAAUAAUGUGUCCUAGAUUCUGUCCCUCAGACAAACUAAAUUAAUCGGGUCUUUAAUCAUUGACAAUUAUUUACCAUUAUUUAAUCGUUAAUUGGAGGAAAGAACGUAAUUAAUUUACUCAUUAAAAUCCUUGUUCUUUUGUUGAUUUAUUUAAUGAUUUAAAAAAAUUGCAUGCAAAGCAGCCGACCAAAUCAAAUCUACAAUGGUGGGAUAUGAAUCUCGAUCAAACAUCAUGAGUAAUUUCGUGUUGAACACUAAACAUGCUCUACGGAUUCUUUGUUUUUUUUUACAAUAAUAAUGAUAAUUCAAAACAUAGAAUUCAAACACAGAGUCAUAAAGGGAAAUUUAAUUACACAAAUGUGAGUCAACAUGAGCAGCUGUCUGCCAGGAGGCUGUUGUAACCAGCUUUGGUUCCUUUGAUUAUCGUUUCUGCUUAGUGGCUCUAAUACGUAGGACUACAGUAUUUGGCUCGAGGAGAAAGUGGUUUUUUUUUUGUUUUUUUUCUCGUCAUUUUUAGCCCGAGUGCUGCGGAUCAUUGGCUUUUUGUUGCCGUGUUUUCUUUGCUCUCUCCGAGAGUUUGUUCUGUCGGUUCCGGGCCAUGGGAAAGAGCCACUACUCAACCUUUAUAUACCAGCUCUGGAUAUUCUGACACAAACAUGGCAAACAUCCCAUAUGAAAAAGUUUAAAGUCCACUGCCUUAUGAAAUCAAUAUGUCCUACAAACAAAACAAAACAAAUUGUAGGGGCUAUAAUAAGACAUACAGACAUAUUGCUAAAAUAUUAGUUUUAGCAGGGUUGUUAGCAGACACUCCCACUCUUAUAGAGGUCAUCAUAAUAAUUUCCAUCGUAAACAACAACAAUGUGAUAAUAAUACUAAUAAAUAAAGUGAUUAUUUGUAGGACAGAAUAUGAGAAUAUGGUGGCCUGAGAGCAGGAAUCUGGUGAGGACAGCUCUCUUGUCCCCCACCCCCUACACUCUUCUUUGGGCUCAUGUCAGGGUAAAUUGUUUUGAGCAGAGAGCACAGAGGAUUUCCUGAGCAUAAUCUGAAACAGUCGCUGCUAGCAUUACCGCCUGAUUGCAAAGAUUGUAGGGCUGCAGGGCUGCAACGCCCGGCUUCAGUGGAGGGACCUUGAGGUAUUCUGCAUCUCAGAGGCCCCCCCCCCCCUCUCUCUCUCUCUCUCUCUCUCUCUGAACCCCUCAGGUCUACUAAAAACACCAGGCAGUGCUGCCCAUCUAUCACCUACAGGAGAUCCAUAUGGUUGUGUUUGAGUGAUGUGACUGUCUGAAUGUCCUCAGCAGACCUUCCAUCAUCAGGCUUUUUGGUCAGUGUUUCUUCUUUUUACAAUUCUAAUCUAAUAUAUGAGAGUUAGUGGUGGAAGAAGCAUUCAGAUCAUUUACUUGAGUACAA